UGGCAGGGAAGUCUCUGGCGCUAAUUGGCUGAGCCAGUGUGAUGGCGCAGCACACUUAGUUGUGCAGAGAGCUAAGCAGGUGGCGGUCCAGCUCCUGAGAGGGCGGGAAUGUUGGUCCGGUUAUCCAAGAUGACAGCCAGGCACAGGAUCUGAAGGAAAAUUCGCUGGGAGAAGACCGUGGGAUGCAGGGAAGGCCGCAGACCCUUGCCCAGAGGAAGGUGAAGGAAAGGCUGAAUAUCCCAAAGAUUUCUCUGGACAACUAGCAGAACUAUAUUCUUCAGAGCUCAUCUGUGGAAAAAAAGUAAAAUACAACUGGCGUAUGAGAAAUAUUUAUCAACUGGGCCUAUAUACAAUUGCCCUCCCACCUAUCCCCAUCGACAUGAUAAACUAGAUUUAGCAACCCCAGCUCGUCAGAUUUGUACAGAGUGCCCAAAUGUUAUCUGCAAACCAGAAUGACAGUCUUCGUCUGGAUGCUGAGUUCAAGUGACAUGCAUUUAUUCAUUUUCGUCAUUAAAUUGAUUUGCCAUCAUUUGACAAAAACCCAAAGGAUCAAACAUCAUUGUUUAAGUGAAUCCCUGCAGUCGGAGGAACUGUGCUGAGAACCAUCUCUGAGCUGAAGAGAAGGGGAAGUGAGGCAGGCUGGGCCUUCCCUUCCUGCUAUAAAUAGGCCCCAGGUCUACAAAGGAUCGCGAGGGGGGUAGGCGGCUGUUUCCGGAAUCAUGCUGCAUCGCCCUACAGUGCCCUGUGCCUUGGAAGGACACCCACAAGGCAGGAGGAAGGCUGGUAGUUGGCAACUCUCACAGGAGAGAUAAAGAAAUCCGUGGAGCGGCUGGCAAAGGUGGUCUUCAACUGGUCCAGAAGCAGAAGCUGCUGGUACUCAGCUUACGGGACGCAGCUAUCCACAGACUUCCGGCGGAGAUUGAAGUCUUAGCAAGAUGGGAAGUCCUUCAAACCUCCCCAUGAAAGGUUGGAGAGAUCUUGCUGAUGUUGAAAGCUCAGCCCUUUUCCUGUCCAACAGGCAUCCAUUGCUCUCCAGGAAUCCGGUCCAUUGGGGAGAAGCGUAGAAAAAUGGACGAGUGUCUUGAAACCCUGAAGGAUGAAGAGGAGGCUCUAUGGGAGAACGUCGAAUGCAAUCGUCAUAUGUUGACCCGUUACAUCAACCCCGCCAAGCUGACCCCGUAUCUGCGCCAGUGCAAAGUCCUGGAUGAACAGGAUGAGGACGAGGUCCUCAACUCCCCGAUGCUCCUCUCCAAAAUCAACCGAGCUGGUCGUUUGCUGGACAUCCUUCAUACCAAGGGGGAGAGAGGCUACGUGGUUUUCUUAGAGAGCCUGGAAUUUUACUAUCCCGAACUCUACAAAUUAGUGACGGGGAAGGAACCCACACGAAGAUUUUCCACUAUCGUUGUAGAAGAGGGACACGAGGGUCUCACUCACUUUCUGAUGAACGAGAUCAUCAAGCUGCAGCAGCAAGUUAAGACCAAGGACGCCCAGCGCUGCGAACUCUUGGCCAAAUCUCGCCAGAUGGAAGAUGAGAGGAAGCAGCUGAAGCUCAACAAGAUUGAGCUGCUCACGUUCCAGGAGAGAUACAACAAAAUGAAAGAAGAGAGGAACAAUUACAAUGACGAGCUGAUCAAAGUAAAAGAUGAGAACUACAACUUGGCCAUGAGGUAUGCCCAACUCAGCGAAGAGAAGAAUAUGGCCGUGAUGAGAAGCCGAGACCUUCAGCUCCAGAUUGAUAAGCUGAAACACAAGUUGAAUAAAGUGGAAGAAGAAUGCAAGCUGGAGAGGAACCAGUCUCUGAAACUCAAAAACGAUAUCGAAAACCGGCCGAAGAAGGAACAAGUUUUGGAACUGGAGCAUGAGAAUGAGGUGCUGAAGACCAAAAUUCAGGAGCUGCAGUCUAUAAUCCAGGCUGGGAAGCCAAGAUUGCCAGAUUCUGACAAAGCCAUUUUGGAUAUCCUAGAACACGACCGCAAAGAAGCUCUUGAGGAUCGCCAAGAGUUGGUCAAUAAGAUCUUUAAUCUCCAGGAAGAGAUCCGUCAUGCAGAAGACCUCCGGGAUAAGUACCUUGAAGAGAAACAAGAAUUGGAGUUAAAGUGCUCAACUCUGGGGAAAGAUUGUGAGAUGUACAAGCAUCGCAUGAAUACGGUCAUGCUACAGCUGGAAGAGGUGGAGAAGGAGAGAGACCAGGCAUUCCACUCCCGGGACGAGGCCCAAAUACAGUAUUCCCAAUGCCUAAUUGAGAAGGACAAACACCGGAAACAGAUUCGGGAACUGGAGGAAAAAAACAACGACCUGCGGAUCGAAAUGGUCCGGAAGGAAGCGAGCAUCAUCAACCUGGAAUGCAAACUCAGACGACUCUCAAAGGACAAUGGUUAUGACCAGAGUUUACCACGGAAUUUGCCACUCACUGUGAUUUCUCAGAUGCUGGAAACCUCUAGACCCAAAACCAAUGGCCAAGAGGCAGAUGACUCCUCAACCUCUGAAGAGUCCCCUGAAGACAGCAAGUUCUUCCCCUUGGAUCCACCCCAGUUUAGAAGAAGAUUAAACAUUAAGGGCUUUCAGCCUCCAAGAACAAAAUCCCCCAUCGGUACAAAUCGGACAUUUGAUCUCCAAGCCAUUCAAGGCCAUAAUGAAGAGAAGAUUGAGACCAGCCACAGACACUCUGAAGCGUCUUCUCAACCCAUAUCCAUCGACAGCUCCACGGGCAGCUGCGAAGUUAGCAAAAUUCAAACCCUGAGAUAUCGCUGCGCCAGCAUUAUGUCCACCACUCCGGAGCCUCCAGGAAAUGAUUCCAUUCUCCGAAGGAACAAAGAUGUCCCUCACUCAAGUUUGACCGAAGAUGAUGACAGUUUUGGCUGUGAUGCUCUGGAAUUAGAAGAUGAUGUUCCUGACAGAUAUUCCUCACUACCUUCCUCCUCAUCCUCCCACCACUCUGAAGGGCUGGACCUGGAACAAGUCAAUUCCAUUUUCAGGAAAUUCUCUCUGGAAAGGCCCUUCCGUCCCUCGGUGACUGCAGUUGGACGCCUCCACAAUGUCUUCCAUGCCGUCCAGCAAGUAGUCGUCAACGGGGACACUCUGAGCUCAGAGAUCAGUUUGCUGGGAGGAAACAUCAAAGGAAGCUUUGUCCAUUCAGUGAAGGUCAACUCCACAGCAGAGAAAGCUGGCCUCCGGGAAGGGUACCAACUGCUUCUGGUGGAGGGCUGCAUCCGAGGAGAAAAUAUGAGUGUUCCCCUGGAUACUUGCACAAAGGAAGAAAUUCAUUGGACAAUUCAGAGAUGUAGUGGGCCAAUUACGUUGCAUUGCAAACCAAAUCAUGAGGAUUAUCGGACACUGCUUUCGGAAAUGGAAGAAGGUCUGAUCACCUCCGGAGACUCCUUCUACAUCCGGCUGAACCUCAGCAUCUCCAGCCACCUGGACUGCUGCUCCCUCUCAGUGAAAUGUGAUGAAAUCUUGCACGUCCUUGACACCAUGUACCAGGGGAAAUGUGAGUGGUUUUGUGCCAGAGUCCAUCCCGUCACCAACAAAGAUGAGGAAACGGGAACGGUCCCCAAUUACAGCAGAGCCCAGCAGCUGCUCCUAGUAAAACUCCAGCGACUUAUGAACAGAGGAAGCAAAGAAGAUACAGACAGUGUCUAUGGGAUAUCACGAACUACGCUACAACCAGACGAACUUGCAUCUCCCAGUGAAUCCAAAACGAGCCCUCGUCUCUCCAGAGCCAGUUUCCUUUUGGGCCAGAUCUUGCAGUUUGUCAGCAGGUCCGAAAACAAAUACAAGCGCAUGAAUAGCAGUGAACGGGUGCGCAUCGUCACUUCAAAAGACAGCCGGGUGAAAUCGGAAGUGCAUCCGGUGACAAAGGCUCUCCUCGAAAGAUUUGAAGAGUUUGAUUCCAUGACUGAGAUCAACAAGAGCUUCAGUCUGAUCCCCUACAGCUUGGUGAAGCCCACCCACUGUGACUGCCGGCGUCCCGUCCUCUUCAGCCCCACGAUGCUUGCCAAGACCUUGGUCCAAAAGCUUCUCAACUCAGGAGGAGCCCUGGAGUUCAACUUAUGCAAACCAGAUAUCAUAACCAAGGAGGAAUUCUUCAGGAGGCACUCCACGGAGACAAUAAUCUAUUCACGAGAAAAAAAUCCGCACACUUACGAAUGUAUUUUCCCAGCAAAUAUUGGGGCUGUGGCUGCCAAGAACAAACACUGCCUGCUCGAACUCAGCAUCGGCUGCACAAAAGAUUUAAUCAAAGCCAAGAUAUAUCCCAUUGUUCUCUUUAUUAAAGUCUCCGAGAAAAACAUCAAGAAAUUCAGAAAGCUACUACCAAAACCAGACGUGGAGGAGGAAUUACUGAGGACGUGUCGUCAGAACGAGAAGGAACUGGAGGGCUUACCCUGCCUUUACGCCUCUUUGGAGACGGAUUCGUGGAGCAGCAUCGAAGAUCUUCUUCGGAUCAUCAAGGAUAAAGUCUGGGAAGAGCAACAGAAAACCAUCUGGAUUGAUGAAGAGCAGUUGUGAUGCACAGAUCCCAUUGGUGACCUGGGAUCCCGCUAGCAACGUAAUGAAGCCGAGAGGAGAAGACCUCAGGAAAGGCUGCCGUCUUUGUUCCUGCUUCAUCAGAAGUCUGAGAGUCUCAGCAACAGGUAGAACGUUGAGGGCGAGAGAACGUUCUGAGAAACCAAGGAUGGAAGGCUUGGACAAUGACAUUUCCAUUAGGGAUACUUUAGAGUAUGGAAGUGGAUUGUUCUUCCAGGGAGCUUGGCUCCAUUCUCUAGUGUCCACCACUUCUGGAACACUGAAGGUCAGAUGUUUCCAAAGAGACAUUUUGAAGCAUAAACCUGGAGCUGCAAGGUCUGAAGAUGGAUGGCGGGAGGGUCAAGGGGAAACAUUUUUGAUAGUCAUCUGUGAGUGAGAUGGGUGGUCCCUAAAUUUGAUAAAUAAAUAAAAAUACAUAAAUAGCAGCGGGGGAAGGCCUUGACGUUCCUCAUGGCCAUCUCUUGGAGAGAUGGGUCCAACUGUCCUCAGAUCCACCAAAAUGUGUGUCUCGGCCUGCUUAAUAGCCAAGAGCAUCUUUCAUCUCUUUUCCCCACUCUAUUCCUUCUUUCUUCUCCUGCCCUAUCUUUAAGUCAUCCCGCCCUAUCAGAGAUACCAAAAGUAGAAGGGGCCACCAUGCCUCUAAGUCACUGUUUCUCAACUUGGCAACUUAAAGAUGGAUGGACUUCAACUCCCAGAAUUCCCCAAGCAACUAUGCAAUGUUGGGAUGCUGCAACAAUUAUAAGUACAGAGACUGGUUGUAAGCCAUCUAUUUUCAGCAUUGUUGUAACUUCAAAUAGUCGCUAAACAAGUUAAGCUGAGGACUACCUGAAUAAGAGAAAUCUCUUUGCAAGUAGAAAAAUAGCAUCACGUGGGAUUUAUUGAGCUAGAACUGUGUUUCUCAAUCUCGCUACUUGGAGAUGGGUGGACUUCAACUCCCCAGUGUGCUGGCUGGAGAAUCCUAGGAGUUGAAGUCCACUCAUUUUAAAAUUGCUAAGGUUGAGAAAGGUUGCUUUAGAUAAAUGGGGCACAAACUUUAGCUGGCUGGAGUGUUCUGGGAGUUGAAGUCCACCCAUCUUGAAGUAGCCAGAGUCGCUACUGCUCUAAGUAGUUGGCAGAUAAUGGCCACGGGCAAAAGUUGGAGGCUACGAAAAGAAGGAGCAGUGCAAAUAAGUUGCACUCAGUCAUUACCAGAGGUUUACCAAGAGAAGAAGCUUCCGAAUGGCGCUAAACAAUGAAUCAAAACUAAAAUUUAAAUUCUUAUUUUUUAAUUUAAUUAAAUUAAAAACAAAGAACAACCAAUCAAUGGAAGGGAGGAAGAGAGAGGGAGAGCCAACCUGGAAAUACGGAGGAAUUUCCUAAUAGUGAGAACUAUUAAGCGGUGGAACAGCUUGCUUCCCAGAGUGGUGGGUGCUCCAUCACUGGAAGGUUUCAAGAAAAGAUUGGACAACCAUUUGUUCAGGAUGGCAUAAGGACUCGUGUCUUGGGCAGGGGUUGGUCUAGAAGACCUCUAAGGUCCCUUCCAACCCUGUGAUUCUAUGUUCUAAGUAUAUUUGCAAUUUGCCCAAGCUCUGAGUCCUCUGAUGUCCUUAGCCACCUGGAGCAGGAAAGUCCAAACGCUACCGCCAGGCGUUUGCAGGCGCCCCUGGGUCUCAAUGGGGGCUCACAUGGGGUGAAAAUAAAUAAAGGUUGCACAGCUGUGCUAGCAGAUUGUGUCCUCUGCCUGCUGCCACUGAGCGUUUUUCAUAUCCAGCCCUUUGAAGAACGGAGAUUGCCGGAGGCUCUGGAGUUGGCGGUGGCCACAGGUCCCCAAAUCCGACAUCUUCAAUUAAGUGGCAUUUUUUUUUCCCAGCCUUGUCACUUGAUAUCUAUUUUUCCUGCAAAGACGUUGAUGAGCACAUGAAAAUCAUCACCAAUUGUCUGUCUCUCUCUGUCUCUGUCUCUCUCUCUCUCUCUUUCUCUUCCUCCCUCUUUCUCUCUUUCUCUCUCUUUCUUUCUUUCUCUCUCUCCCUCUUUCUUUCCUUCUUUUUCUUUCUUUCUCUUUCUCUCUCUCUCUCUCUCUUUCUUUCUUUCUUUCUUUCUCUCUUUUUUUCUCCAUGGGCAUCUAUCAGAUAUUGCAGAUGCUCUCAUAUCUACUCAUCGCAUUGAUUGCAAUGGAAUGCGGAGGGGAGGGGAAUAUUUUUCUGAGCAA